GCCAACGCGGCGCGAGCGGAUUUCCAGGCUCGCAUCGACGCCAUCAAACAGUACAUGAGCUUCCGAAAGGUCACCAAAGACCUGGAGAAACGGGUCAUCAAGUGGUUCGAUUACUUGUGGACCAACAAGAAAGCAGUCGAUGAGAGAGAAGUGCUGAAGUACCUGCCAGACAAGCUGCGGGCGGAGAUCGCUAUAAACGUCCACAUGGACACUCUGAAGAAGGUGCGCAUUUUUGCGGACUGCGAGGCCGGGCUGCUGGUGGAGCUGGUGCUGAAGCUUCAGCCGCAGGUCUACAGCCCCGGAGACUACAUCUGCAAGAAGGGCGACAUCGGCCGUGAGAUGUACAUCAUUAAAGAAGGAAAGCUGGCCGUGGUGGCGGACGACGGAGUCACGCAGUUCGUGGUGCUGAGCGACGGCAGCUACUUCGGAGAGAUCAGCAUCCUCAACAUCAAGGGCAGUAGGGCAGGCAACCGAAGAACCGCCAACAUCCGCAGCAUCGGCUAUUCUGACCUCUUCUGC